UGCGAUUGGCAGGCGACAAUUUGGCUACCUCAGCUGGCCUGACUCAGAAGCGCCUUGGUUGACAUUGUUGUUGUUGUUGUAAGAAACUACUUUGUCGUUGAGUCUUGUUUUGGAUUUACUGUAGACUGCAACCUCCGGAUUCGCUCAAAGUCAGGAACAACUGGUCUAAUAAACGUGGAGGUUUUCACAAUAUUUGUCGAGAGGGAGGACCAUUAUGGGACGAUGAAAGAAAUAUCUGCGAAGCCGCUUAAGGUCCUGGCAGAGUUGUGCAGACUCAGGACAAUGGAGCUUUGGAGGAAUACGCAGAUUUAAAGAGGAGUUUGGCUGGACGUGUAAGGCAAGUUGAAGAGCCCCCCUUCCCCUUGGUCCAGUGGUCUUGUUGGGGAGGGCGGAUCCCCUGGUUUUUUUUUCUGCCCUGAUGCCGCCCUGUAAAUUCAUGAUCACAUGACCUUGGAUAUGGACGCAGUCCUGUCCGACUUUGUCCGUUCCACUGGAGCCGAACCAGGACUAGCCAGAGACCUGCUAGAGGGGAAGAACUGGGAUCUCACCGCCGCCCUCAGUGACUUUGAACAGCUGCGACAGGUGCAUGCUGGGAACCUGUCGUACUCUUUUGCUGAGGAGAGGACGUACCCAGCCCCGGAGAAGGAGAUGGCCAGGGUGGGGCGGCCCCUUUUGCACCGUCACGAGGACGUGCUGCAAGGUGAGAACAAUGCCACAGAGAAGCGUCUAUCGAGAGGCAUCUCCCAUGCCAGCUCUACCAUUGUGUCCCUGGCACGGUCACACGUCUCCAGUACUGGCAACUGUAGUAGUGAGCCCCUUCUGGACACGCCUUUGUGCACAUUCCAGCUGCCCGAUCUCACUGUGUACCGGGACGACUUCCGCGGCUUCAUCGAGAGGGACCUCAUUGAGCAAUCUAUGAUGGUGGCCUUAGAGCACGCCGGCCGACUCAAUUGGUGGACACGGGUGGGACCUAACUGUCAGAGUCUAUUGCCAUUGGCAACGAGUGGGGACGGAAACUGCCUGUUGCAUGCAGCGUCAUUGGGUAUGUGGGGCUUUCAUGACCGCGACCUGAUGCUGCGGAAGUCUCUAUAUGCACUGAUGGACCACGGCCAGGAGAGGGAGUCUCUGAGACGCAGGUGGAGGUGGCAGCAGACCAUGCAGAAUAAAGAGUCUGGUCUGGUGUACACAGAGGAGGAGUGGCAGAAGGAGUGGAAUGAGCUGCUAAAACUGGCCUCCAGUGAACCUAGAAUACACUACAGCACCAAUGGCAGCAAUGGGACGGAGUCAUCAGAGGAGCCUGUGUACGAGAGUCUGGAGGAGUUCCACGUGUUCGUCCUGGCCCAUGUCCUGAGGAGGCCCAUAGUAGUGGUGGCAGACACCAUGCUUAGGGACUCUGGAGGAGAGGCUUUUGCCCCCAUCCCAUUCGGAGGGAUCUAUCUGCCCCUGGAGGUGCCAGCUGCCAAGUGCCAUCGCUCGCCCUUAGUACUGGCGUACGACCAGGCCCACUUCUCUGCCCUCGUCUCCAUGGAGCAGAAGGGCGGCUCCAAAGAGCAAGUUGUGAUCCCUCUCACUGACUCAGAACACAAAAUGUUGCCUGUACACUUUGCAGUGGACCCUGGGAAGGACUGGGAAUGGGGCAAGGAUGAUGCGGACAAUGUCAUGUUGGCAAGUGUGACCCUGUCCCUGGAGGCAAAGCUCCAGCUGCUACACAGCUACAUGACUGUCACCUGGCUGCCCCUGCCCUGUGAGCAGGCACCUUUGGCCCAGCCCGAGUCCCCCACCGCCUCUGCAGGAGAGGACGCCCGCACCCCUCCCGACUCAGGAGAAUCCGACAAGGAGUCGGUCAGCAGCAGCUCCAACGGUGAUGCAAUGACGGCACCAGGGGCGGCCAGCGCAGGUAGUGUGUCGACCAAGAACAGCUCCUCCUCCUCCAGCUCGUCCAGUAACACCUCGGCAACAUUGACGACGGGUACGGGGGCAAAGGAGAAGACCAAGAAGGAGAAAGACAAAGACAAGAAGAGAGCUGACUCUGUGGCCAACAAGCUGGGCAGCUUCGGCAAGAGCCUGGGCAGCAAGCUGAAAAAGAACGUGGGCGGGCUGAUGACGGGGAAGAAUGCAGGAGGAGGCGGGGCCAAGCAGGAGGGCACAGAGAAGAAGAAAAGUUCGCUGAGGGGGCGGAAGGGCAGCAAGGACAGCUCGCCUUCGGCCCAUGCCUCCGAGGACUCUGGGAAGGGCUCGCCGUCAUCGGGCAGCGAGCGUCAGAAUGGCACAGGCAGCGGAAGCAGAGAGUGUGACCCAUAUAAGUACAGUGCCGACGUGAAGGCGAGCCUGGGCAUCCUGCGGGCGGCCAUGCAGGGCGAGAGGAAGUUCAUCUUUGCUGGCCUGCUCACCACCAGCAACCGCCAGCCCUUCCAGGAGGAGAUGAUCCAGCGCUACCUGUCUGACGCUGAGGAGCGCUUCCGGGUAGAGCAGGAGCAGCAGCGGAGAGAGGCAGAGCGGAAAGGAAGCACCAACGGCAUCCAGCAGCCCAAGAAGGAGGCAACGAUUGGCACAGAGGUGGGCUACCGCACUUAUGAACCAAAAGAAGAGCCGGCUGAGAGCUCACCGCCCACAUUCAACCACCUCAAGUCGUCUUCGUUCAGCCCCUCGCUCUACUCUGGCGUGGUGCCCAUCCCCCGGCCAACCUUCAUGGAUCAGCCACCCUCCCCGGCCCCCGUCCCGCUUACUCAGCACCCACACAUGCACGGCUACAUGGAGACGCGGCGCCAGCUUGCAGGUGGCUCCCCAGCCUCGUCUUAUCCUGGUCUGCCUUCCUACGCCACCCUCCCCCGCCACUGCCCCAUGGCGCAGGGCCCCCCUCACCCCCAGUACCACCCCCCGCAGGCACCGGUACCCCUCAGCCCCUUUCGCCUCAUCCCCUCUUCUUUCACACCCUCAUACCUCCCCGAGCACGACCCUCCAGACUACCCCACCUCAGAGCCUGUAAGCGGGGGCUACGCUAACGGAUUCCGGGACGUGCGCUCUGGCCUGGAUGUUCCUCGCAGCGGACCUCUCCCGGUCAGGCACUACUCCCUGGGCAGCGCCGGAGGCCUGUCUAGCCUCCAGUCCAGCCGCUGCCGGACGCCAAGCUGCAACUACUACGGACACCCCGAGACGGGCAACUACUGCUCCUGCUGCUACCGAGAGGAGCUGAAGAGGAGGGAAACGGAGCCGGCCAUCCACAGGUUCUGAACGAACGCACGGACUGACCAGAACUGGCUUUGUGGCCACCAACCACAAGGAAACUGAUGGAUGAGGUUUCCUGCUAUAGGACGAUACAGAUCCUGGCCCUCUCCUCGCAUCACUUCCUUCUCUAAAGUUAACACUGUGUGUGGAGACCGUCCUGGACAGGAUCGGUACAGUGACUGGAGAGAAGGUGGCUGGCGGCUGCUGCGGCGGGCGUUAGACAAUAGGACUGUGCACUUCUCUUACAUUUGCUGUGGCUCUUAUGCAGGCUGUGUGUGUGUGUGUGUGUGUGUGUGUGUGUGUGAGAGAGUGAGAACUGCAGGCUCUCCUCCGCUUUGUCCCCUCGUCACCUCGCAACUGUCUCCUCCUGGUGGAGAGAAUGUAUACGGCAGGCGAUACACGCACUCUUACGUCCACAUUACACACACAAACUAACACUGCACAAGCACAACCUGAAACUUCUUGAUUAUCACUCCUCUAUAUGUGGAGACAACCUAUAUUUGGCCCUGUAAAUUGAUGGUAUUUUAACAUAUGAAUCAGCCCUUCGAUGUCUUGUUAGUCUAUUCAACCAGAGGGUUAGAGAUGUAUGCAGACGGACUAGCCUAGGGCAUUACUGUUUACCGGGUGCUCAUGUAUGACUUGGGAAUGAACGGAGCUCUUUCCUGAUGAGUAGUUGGGUUUCUUUUGCGUUGGUCCUCGCUCUUGUAAUGCAAAUUGAAACUACAGUAUUAUGUUACAGUAGUUGCUGUUCUGUGGGCUGCAAUGGUGCUGCUAACGUUCCAGAAUGCAACAGACCCCCUCUAUACAUGUUCAUCUCAAAUAUAAACAGGCAAACAGAUAGCCCUAUCCACCCUUAAGAUGCCUUUUAUGGCAAAGUAACCAUCCAAUCUAAAUUCACCAUUGUGUCCAAACCAUAUUGUGUCCAGAUGUCAGUCAACUUCUACCAUUUUUAGAUGUCUCCCAGUAUCAAUUAUAGAACAAACAUGGCAGAGUACUGUGGUAGAUAUUCCGAAUGACUAAUAUACAGUAUUUAAUAAGGUUGCUAGAAUCUUACUGUUCCUGACUUGUUUUCGUCAUUUUAUAUCCAUCAUGAAAAUGAGGCAUUUCGAUAAUAUGCUGGUACAUUUAGGGUCAUCCAACACUACUAAACCGGAAUUCAAAACACAAACUCCCCUCGCAUUUUCAGCUCGACCUCAAGGUAAUCAGUAUAUGCUAAACUGAUAAACGUUCACAUUUUGGUUGAAAAAGACACUGUCCAUUGUAACAUUCAUUGUCCACUUACAUUGUAACUGUCAAUUAGUCUCUGCUUCUCUUGUGGCUGAGAAAGGUAACAAGUAUUUUCUGGAAACUCGUCCAUAGGGCUGUGUUACUUUGGUCUAAAUAUUCAUGUAAUUUUUCGUGAAUACCUACUUAUGGCAAACCCCAAAUUCCUGACAUGGACACCCCAUUGAUCCGAUUCAAAACAAGUUGGAUUAUUCAACCCAACUCCCCUUCAAGUCCUAUUGAGGGCAUUGUGUUGAUUCCAAACAAGUGACUGACCCCUGUCGCUUAACCUCUUUCUGCACAAAUUCAAGCACUUUCCUAAUGUCCGUAGACAUUUUGUUACCGUUUUGAAGGUAUCUGACUGUUAUGUUGUCCUUAGGUCAUGUCAGAACUGUAGACACUGCCACCUCUACUUGCGGGAGGGCAGAUGCAUGGGCUAGAACCCCUUCUCUAAGGAUUCAGUUACCAUGGGUACAGCUUUUUGGUGCCAGUGUUGUGGUUUAACUCUAUUUCCUAGUUGCCUUUUUCAGUCUCUUGUCCUUGUGGCAUUACAGUCUUGUUUGUAUGUUUUACAAAAUGUGCAUCAGGUGUACACUACUCGUUUUUGCUGCAGUUUCUCUUCUGGUAUUUUUGUACCCUACUCAGUGUAAAGCCCCUGUUUUCAUUAUUUAAAUUUUGCACCCAGACAUGGAGUCAUUGUUCGAAGAUCAUAACAAAGCGAUUUAGAGAUCAAAUGUAAAAAAAUAUAUAUAAAUAAUAAUUCUGGAGAUUGGAACAUAUCAAAUUUUUUAGAUACUGUCUUGGUCUCAUGUUACUCUCAAUGAUUUGCAGAUUAGGAAUAGAUUUUUUUUCUCAUCACCAAUGUAUUAACACUUUCUCAUCCAAGCCGUGUUAUUACCAAUGAGCCAUGUAGACUCAUGAGGAAGACAGGGGUGGUUCUGGGGGGGUGGCCAGGGGGGGCCAGUGCCCCUGUGACAACAAUUUUGGACCCCCUUGUGGCCCCCCCUAAAUGUGGAGUAUGAAAUUAUUUUGACAUAGCAAAAAUUAGUUAUCGUUCUUUUUAUACAUCCGUUAUUAGACAGUGGCAACGCGGAACACUAAUGAUUAUGAACAUGGUCUUUUGCCUGCUAAUGCCUGUAAUGCAGUGAAGAAAACGAUAUGACAACAAUAACGUCUAAUGUAACUGGCCCCUCUAACAGUACAACUGGCCCCAGCUUGGCCCCCCCAGUUGAAAUGGUGUAGAACCGCCACUGGAAGAAGACCAAUCUUCCUGACUUGAUAAACAACAUUCGUUUAGUCUUUUCACUUGAAGCACAAUGGUGUGAGAAUAUCUGUAUGCAAUUCACUGCCUUGCCCAAUGGAUGGCGCUCUUGUGUUUGUUCAGUGUUCCUGGAAGUUUCCAUGCCCUACUUAACCAAAAAUACAAAAGAGAACAAUUUAAGGGUACUAAGAUUUGAGUUUAUUUCCAAAAAUACAAUUUGCCAAGGGUAUGAGGGACUUUAAGUAACAUUUGUCUUUUGAGAGGUAGUUCAAACAUGCGGCUCAAAAUAGUCACCCUUCAAGGGAUGCUCCAUGACUUCGAGGUGGCAUGUGCAUCUUGAAUUGGAACCAACCAUUCCCCACAAUACCAUUAUGCUAUAUCCAAAACAAUAUUACUCUGUGUGUGUGUGUGUGCGCGCGCUUACGCUGUAUGAAAUCUUUUUGCAACAAAAAAAUUGCAGCUCAUAAGGCACAAACAAGAGGUCAUCUUUAAUGGAAAGAUGAUGGCUAACUAAGAAAUGGGUGUAUGUGUGCUUUCUCCUCUCAAUGUAAUAAUAUUAGCUUACGUCAACAAUUUUUUUAUUUUAAGAAUUGGAUGGCUUACAGACAACAUCUUGAACAUUUUGACUUAUAGACUGCAAACAUUUUUGUAUAAAAAAAAAACAAAUGACAGUGAGGUUGUAUAUGUUGAAGUUAUUUUUGUAAACCCAAAGUUUUACAAUGUUUUUAAAGAUAAUCUAUAUUGACGGAUGCUAAAAUGAGUGGAAUAUAAGCUUGUAAUAGCCUGGGUUUAUGGAGGAGUCAGUAUUCACCAGAAUGGACAGUUUGGCUGUCAAGGUUGAUCACAAAAGAGCCUCCUAAACUCAAAGGUUUCUCAUUAGCAAACUAGUUUCCUCAUUGCUGACCUGACAAUAUGAUUUGAGAAUAUAUAUUUAUAGUAAGAUUUUUUUUCUUCCGAAGUUUCCUUUUGGAAUGUUUAGUUGAGAAACUUUUAGUAUGUUAUGUGUCAAGCAGACUGUUUUUAUUUGAAUUUUACGUGUGUUCAUUUUUGUUUCUCACCACCAAUCCAUGCAAUGCUAACACAUUACGGUAAUGAUUCAAUACUUGAUUGUUGGUGUUUUCAACUUAUGCUCUUGCUGCAAUCCCUCUCUAGGAAUAAGAUGGCUUUGAAUUUGUUUUACAAAGUAACUGACCCAUUAUUUUUAUAUUGUACAUUUUCUCUCAUUUCUAUGGGACAGAAUAGUCAUCAGCAACAUGAACAUGGGAAACUUUAGUUGCAUGGAACUGGAACUGUUGCAUGUAAAUUACUCCAUUUAACCAAAUUUGUGCAUUAUUUUGAGCUGAUUUGGGCUGUCCUGGUUUUUUGACCUGUUUUUUAAUUUUAUUUUCUCUUUUCAUGUUUGGAGAGGAGAGGCUGUGACAGUGCAAUCUGGAUGGAAAGAACAUCUGAUUUAUUUUUAUUUUUUUUGCACUGUUUGAAUAAAUUCUCAUUUGUAUUUCAA